UUCCUUCUUCGUCGAACAUUCUCGGUUCCUCCCAAUUCACACUCACAGUUUGAAAAGGCCAAAAGAACACAGAAGGAGGAAAAGAACAUAGCAUUCCUUCAACAAUGGCGAAGAGGAGGAUCACUCUCUCUCUCUACACUCUGUUUCUCUCUCUGUCGGUGGUUUCCUUGGCAAUUGCAGUCAGAGUAACGCCUCUCCUGCAAACCCAGGAGAAACCCAGUUUUCAAAGACCAACAUUUAAUCGCAUUUUUGAUACUUCCAAGUAUGGCAUUUUGCAGCUCAACAACGGCUUGGCUCAAACGCCUCAGAUGGGGUGGAAUAGCUGGAAUUUCUUUGCUUGCAAUAUCAAUGAAACCGUGAUCAAGGAAACCGCUGAUGCGCUCAUCUCAACUGGCCUAGCAGAAUUAGGUUAUGUGUAUGUCAAUAUAGAUGAUUGCUGGUCUUCUCCAACACGAAAUUCUGAGGGUCAAUUGGUCCCUGAACCUAAAACAUUUCCAUCGGGAAUUAAAGCUCUUGCUGAUUAUAUACAUGGAAAAGGACUCAAGCUUGGAAUUUAUUCUGAUGCUGGGGUUUUUACAUGUCAAGUUCGACCAGGAUCACUUUAUCAUGAAAGUGCGGAUGCAAAGCUAUUUGCUUCUUGGGAUGUGGAUUAUUUGAAGUAUGACAACUGUUAUAACCUGGGGAUCCCACCAAAAGAACGAUACCCACCAAUGCGUGAGGCCCUAAAUGCAUCUGGGCGCACAAUUUUCUAUUCGCUUUGUGAAUGGGGUGUUGACGACCCUGCUUUGUGGGCUGGAAAGGUUGGAAAUAGUUGGCGUACUACAGAUGACAUUAAUGAUACUUGGGCGAGCAUGACAACAAUUGCUGAUUUGAAUGACAAGUGGGCAGCGUAUGCAGGACCUGGUGGAUGGAAUGAUCCGGAUAUGUUGGAAGUUGGCAAUGGAGGCAUGACUUACAAGGAGUACCGUGCUCAUUUUAGCAUCUGGGCUUUGAUGAAGGCCCCUCUUUUGAUUGGUUGUGAUGUAAGAAACAUGACUGCAGAAACAUUUGAGAUUCUAAGCAAUGCGGAGAUUAUUGCUGUAAACCAAGAUCCACUUGGGGUUCAGGGAAGGAAAGUUUAUGUUUCUGGAACAGAUGGUUGCUAUCAGGUUUGGGCAGGUCCUCUAUCAGGAGAUCGGUUGACUGUUGCUCUCUGGAAUCGGUGCUCGAAAUCAGAGACUAUAACAGCUACUUGGGAAGUACUUGGACUUGAAUCCGGCAUCAGUGUCUCAGUGAGAGAUUUGUGGCAGCACAAAGAGGUAGCGGUAGACGCGGUGUCGUCAUUUGGUGCUCAGGUCGAUGCUCACGACUGCCGGAUGUACAUUUUUACUCCUCGGACCGGCUCGCUCAGAUAUGUAGCUUAGCCGUAAAAUUGUUCCGAAAAAGGCGCUGUCCACCGUUGUCUGCAAGAGUUCAUGGCUGUAAUCUUCGGGUUUUGCAGAACUUGGCGACGAUCUAAGCGCCAAUCUGUAAUGUAUAUUGCUCACGUAAAAGUAUCAUAUUUCAGUGUGUAUAUGAUCACGUUCUCAUUCGGAACCAUCAGCUGUUGAAACAAUGAGAAGGAUUUUAUAAACCCUAA